AUGAGGAAAUUUUUAGACUUGCCAGGAAUAAGGGGUAAGGUUCAGGGUGAAUUGAACAAGGCUCUAGAGGGCUUGGACAAGAAAAUGAUUGAUCGCUCUCAAGGCUUCUACACAGAGCUUCCUGAGCAAGGCUGGAGUGAGAAAGAAGUUUUGGCUGAACUGGAUAAAAAUAAUGAAAUGAAACAUACAGACUGGGAACAUGGUAGAGUAUCAGGAGCUGUUUAUCACGGCGGUAAGGACAUGACCGACAUGCAGACAGAGGCCUACCGUAAAUACUCCAUUGCUAACCAAUUACACCCCGAUGUUUUCCCUGGUGUUCGUAAGAUGGAGUCGGAAGUGGUUUCUAUGGUUUUGAAGUUGUAUAAUGCACCAAAAGGCGCUUGUGGUACGAGUACAAGUGGUGGUACCGAAUCGCUUCUGUUGACAUGCUUAGCAGCCCGUGAGCUGGCAUAUAGAGAAAGAGGCGUAACUGAGCCAGAAAUUUUGGCGCCUGUAACAAUUCAUGCAGGUUUUGAUAAAGCUGCUUACUAUUUUAAGAUGAAAUUAGUUCAUGCUCCCUUAGACCCAGUUACUUUGAAAGUGGACUUGAAAGCUGUUCGAAAGCUGGUUAAUAAGAACACUGUCUUGAUUGCUGGUUCUGCUCCUAAUUUCCCCCACGGAAUUAUUGAUGACAUAGAAGGCUUGUCAAAGAUUGCAUUGAGAUGGAAAAUUCCUCUCCACGUCGACGCCUGCUUAGGUUCGUUCAUUGUACCAUUUCUGGAGCGCGCUGGAUUCAAGGAUAUCCCGUUGUUUGAUUUUAGAGUGCCAGGUGUAACAUCUAUUUCUUGCGAUACUCACAAAUAUGGAUUUGCACCCAAGGGAAGUUCUAUUAUUUUGUACAGAACAGAAAAGCUGCGUAGUCACCAGUAUUUCGUUAGUAGCGAUUGGUCAGGUGGCUUGUAUGCCUCCCCAACAUUAGCUGGCUCUCGUCCGGGUGCUCUUAUGGUAGGCUGCUGGGCAAGUUUAAUGAGAAUUGGCAUAGACGGCUACACAAAGGCUUGCAAAGACAUUGUUGGUGCUGCUAGAGCUAUCAGAGCUUUUAUCGAGAAUGAGAUCCCCGAAUUAUACAUCAUGGGCGACCCACUGGGCUCAGUAGUUGCGUUUUCCUCCACCAAAAUUAAUAUAUAUGAUCUGGCUGAUACAAUGUCAGCUAAAGGAUGGCAUUUGAAUGCCCUUCAAAAUCCUCAGGCUCUUCACAUUGCCUGUACUAGGCUAACACCGCCAGUAGUCGACGAACUCACCCGUGAUCUUAAGGAUAGUGUUGCUGAGCUUGUUAGUGGAGGAUCAACUAAAGCUAGCGAUGGAACUGCGGCACUCUAUGGCGUUGCUGGUAGUAUCUCCACUGUAGGAGUAGCUGAACGUAUUGCUACAGGCUUCUUGGAUAACUUGUAUAAAGUUUAA